GCAUCGUAUUUAGUAAAAUUAAAUUAAAAACAAACAAAAAAAAGAACACACUGCGAGUUACAUUUCCAUGUAAGAAAGAGGGCGUUUAUUACUCUUGUUUUGAAUUGAUUAGAGGGAAAAUGUAUGCAUUUAAUUUUAAAAGCAAGCAGAGUUCAUCAGCCUUUUUUCUCUCUCUUUUCUCCUCUCUUCCAAUACUUAACACAGUGUGUACUGUGUAGCUUUUUAGACGAUUUUCCCCAUGAUCUCUUAUCUCAUCCUUCUCCGGCUACGUCAUGAUCAAAAGUGUUAGUAGGAUUCGUGUGUGCUCCGUUGUGGCGUAGCAAAGAAACUGAUAAAUAACCACCCAUCGUAUUCCAUUUACAAAACGCUUUUCGGUUUUAGCAGUCUACAAGGACAGUCUUGUCGAAAAGUCGUUUUAUUUCUAUUUGAUUCCAUAAAACCACGCCUUACAAUCGAUAAAUUUGUACACUAUGGAGCCAAUUAAAUGUAUCGUCAUUUUUGUUUUUUUAAGCGCGUCGGUGCUUGCUGUUCCCAGAAGUGCAAUCGAUCUAAACGAAAGAGGGGAACGUGCCAUCCACUCUGGCGACCCUUCAAGUGGCUUAAAAACAGCAAGCAAGCCGGCUUCAUAUAAAUCGAAUCAAGAAACCUCCUUCACCCUAGCUCCGAAAAUAGUAUCGACUUCUAUUCUCAUGGAAAAGGAACCCAUAGUUGCGAUUCCUCUUUCCGACCAAUGUGAUCCAGCUAGACCUCAUAGUCCGCACCCAACCGAUUGUUAUAAGUUUUACCAUUGCAUCAAUCGACCCAACGGCGUCCAGCAAGUAGAGAAAACCUGCAAUCCCCCGACAAUGUUCAAUCCAAACACGAUGAUUUGUGACUGGCCUCAAUCGGUAAUGCGAAUCCGACCAGAAUGCGGAUUAUCAAACGUUACCACCCAAGUCCCAGUUCUCCCACCAACAUUAUCUAGCUCGGCUGCAUUAGAAAAAGCACCAAUCAAGCCAGUUCCAAUCAAAUCUGUACCCCUCAAAGCUAUUUGUACACCUCCUUGCCAGAAUUUGGGUUUCUGUAAGGCACCAAAUGUUUGUAUCUGUCCGGAAAUCUUCGAAGGCCCACAGUGUCAGUUCACGAAAAGUAAACCUUGCGUCGAAAAACCCCCAACUCCGAAGAAUUCACGUAUUGUUUGCAAUUCAACGGCAUGCACGUCGACCUGCCACACUGGUUUCACCUUCCCCGGUGGAAGUAAGGAAAUUCAAAUGGUCUGCGACUCUGGAAAUUGGGUCCAACUUCAACAACCACAGGGAACGGUUCAGAAAGUUGCCGAUUGCCAGCCCGUAUGUGACCCAGUCUGCGAAAACGGAGGCCGAUGUCUUCCAAACAACGUUUGUCUGUGCCCAGAAGAGUUUCGUGGACCACAAUGCAAAUAUCCUCUAAAGAAUUGCGCCCCUGAACGCUUGAACUUUAACGGGGGAUAUAAUUGUUCCAUCGGAAGUACUUUAUACAGAUGUACAUUAAAAUGCGGUGCGAAUGGGGUUUUCGAGUUCCCACCUGCUCCUUUCUACACUUGCGACUUCGCCAAAGCUAAAUUCACACCUGAACCUAUACCUAAGUGCAUCUCUGAGAGCCAAUUCGCCAAAAAUCUGAAAUCCAAACCAACAAGCGCUCCACAAAUAUUAAUCGAACAGAAUUCGGAACUGAAAGGGAAUUUCCAGCAAUCGUCUAAUCUAGAAUCAGAAUGGUUUCACCCAACCACCGUUAAUCCAAAUACAGCAUCAACUUCAAAAGAAGCGUCCAAAACUUCGAGCCGUAUUCCAGGUCGUUGUGAUCCAGCCAGACCGCAUAGCCCACAUCCUACCAGUUGCUAUUUGUUUUAUCACUGUGUCGACGGCGUGAGUGGGAUCGUAUAUUUGGAAAAAGCUUGCCAGCCUCCGACAAUGUUCAAUCCGGACACGAUGAUUUGUGACUGGCCCGAGUCGGUCAUGCGGAUCCGUCCGUGCGGAUCUAUCAUUGGCAGCAUUCCUACUUCUGCUCCAACUACUGCUACAAAGAAAGUAGACACAGCUAGAUCCUGUGUAGAUGGCUGGACCGAUUGGUUUAGUGCUUCCGUACCAGCUGAAAACAGCGAAGAUUUUGAAUUGUACGAACAGAUUGCUCCUCAAGGUUCCAUCUGUCCAACAUCGAAGAUUCGCGAAAUCGAACAUCAAGUCCGUUUCCGCUGUAAUUGCGGAGAAGACGCAUCUUUGCCGCUUAAACAAUUACCCGAGCUCACAACUACCGAGAAAGUCGUCACUACACUUAGGCCCGUGACUACCGAGAAAGUCGUCAAUAUCGUAACAACAACUACACCUACGAGUAAAAAGAUUGCCGAAAGUUGCCCUAAAGGUUACACCUGGAGUCGUUGCGCUUAUAUCUGCACUCGGCUUUGCUCCACUUACGCCGUUGAGCUGAAAAAACAAGGCCGUUGUCAGACGUCGAACGACCUUAGUUGUGCUCCAGGUUGUGUCGAAGACGACGAAACUUUGGAUCGGACUUGCCUAUGGCGGGACAAAUUUACUUGCGUGUCUCCCACCGAGUGCAUUGCGGCUCCGACCCAGCAACUUGUCCCAAAAGGAUAACUAUAUUUACAGUUUUUACAAUUAUUUUGUUUUGUAAAAUACCAAGAAGUCCUUGGCUGAAUUUACACAUAUUAUGCAUAGAUA